AUGGUUAGCGAGCGCCUUGUAAACUUUAUGAGUUUGAACGAGUUGGACUCCACGAAGCCACUGAUUCGUCACUACUUCCUUCAGGCAAACAAUGCGGCCAUGCAGGAGAUGCAGCGGCAGCGUUCGCUGAACCGCAGCCUCCCCGACGCGACGAUCUCGUCGCCCGGCCUCUCGCAGUCAAGUUUCUCUGUUGACCACGACGACGCGGGCUUCUGCAGCAAUAACGUUGGCAGCAGCAGCAGCAACCCUGCAAGUGAUGAGUCAUUCCGCCCACAGUUGUUCGUGCUGUCGCCAUCGGUGGCGGAGCCGCAGCGAUACUGCCGCAAGGGCGUGCUGGGUGAGACGGAGUCGCUGCAGAUGAAGCACGUGGCGGAGUACAACUUCCUUAUCCCUGCCAUCAGCGCCGCUCUCGACAGCGUCAUUGCCGCCCACGAGGCGUGGAGGCGCAAGCAGGAAGAGCUGCGCCUAGAGGGCGACGAGGAGGAGCUGUCAGUCACGGCGAUGAGCGAAGACGGCUCUGUCAAGAGCGCCGAGGGCGUGCGGGAGCGCUUCUUCGCGUUCGAGACAUCCAAGGAGCCGGGCGUUUCGCUGAUAGACUACGUGCGUCGAAUUGUAGAGUACACGUACAUCUCGCCGUCUGUGCUGCUGGUGUCGUGCCUGUAUAUUGACCGUCUCCUCACCCGCUACACACCGCUCGUGUUAACGCUCAAGAACAUCUUCAAGCUCUUCUCCACCGCGGUACGCGUUGCCAGUAAGGUCAUGGACACCCGGACUGUGGGUAACAAGUACUUUGCCCGCACUAGCGGUAUUAGCAACGCCGAGCUGAACCUUCUGGAGGUGUGCUUUAUGUGGGAUAUCGAGUUAGAGCUCUAUGUGGAUGCGACCGAGUUCUACAGUUACGCAGAGGACCUUACCACUGCAGCUGCUGUUGAAACAGAGGAUAUGGCUUCCAAGCAGGUAGCAGUCGACGCCUCUACCAGUGGCCCCGAGAAGAGCUGGUUGGUGCCCAUUGUCAACUCUGUUGGCUGCUCUGGGAGCUUCAGUGAAAGGUCAAAGCACCCACAGCAGCAACAACAACAGCUCCGAUCCCUCCCACCGGUUAACGCACCCCGCCUCGUCACACCGGUAGACGGCCACACGUCGAGCCCACCGCGGGGCGAUAAUUCUGGCGGCGCUGCGUUUGUUUCAUGCCAGCGCACAGUAGCCGCUGCGCUGCCAGUGCCGGCGCCCCCACGCCGCGCCUCGUGCCUUCCCGCGUGCGUCACAACGAGGCCCAGCACCAGCCACAGCGCGGCGGCGGCGGCGGUGGUGGGCAGGGAGCGGCUUCUGAGAAGCGGUGGGAGUGAGAAGCGGCGAAGCCGCCAACAAAAAUAG